GCAGAAACGGGGCAGGGAUCCCCGAUCCCUUUCCCAACCAUCCCAUCCCGGUGCCGGUUUUGCCUCCAGGGACGCGCGGGCUGCGGUUGGUGAUGGAAUUCCUGCCCAACGGGUGCCUGCGGGAUUUCCUGCAGAAGAACCAGCCCCGCCUGGAGCACGGGACGCUGCUGCUCUACGCCUGGCAGAUCUGCAAGGGCAUGGAGUACCUGGGGGCGCAGCGCUGCGUGCACCGCGACCUGGCCAGCAGGAACAUCCUGGUGGAGAGCGACAGCCACGUCAAGAUCGGCGACUUCGGGCUGGCCAAGCUGCUGCCGCAGGACAAGGAUUACUACGUGGUGCGGGAGCCCGGCCAGAGCCCCGUGUUCUGGUACGCCCCGGAAUCCCUGGCUGACAACAUCUUCUCCUGCGCCUCCGACACCUGGAGCUUCGGGGUGCUCCUCUACGAGCUCUUCACCUACAGCUCCAAGAGCAGGAGCCCCUCGGAGGAGUUCCUGCGGAUGAUGGGCACGGCCAGGCCGGCGCAGAUCAUCUGUCACCUGCUGGAGCUGCUCAAGGACAACCGGAGACUGCCGGCCCCCGCCGGCUGCCCCGCAGAGGUGUACGCGACCAUGAUGAGCUGCUGGGCCUUCUCCCCCGGCGCCAGGCCCACUUUUGGGGAGCUGUCCCCCAAACUCGAGGAGCUGCGGGAGGGCCGGAGCAACGCUCGGGGGUAGCACCCCCCGGAAUCCCACCGGGACCCCCAAUCCACGCUGAUGCUUCGGCUUUUCCCCCCUUUUUUUUCCUCCCCAUGGCAGAAUUUAUCCUUAUUUUAUCAGAAUUUGGUAGAUUUUCCUGCUGAGGGGGCACACAUGUGGACAAAAACCCCGCACCCAUUUGGCUUUUCCCCCUUUUUUUCCUCCCCAUGGCAGAAUUUAUCCUUAUUUUAUCAGAAUUUGGUAGAUUUUCCUGCUGAGAUGAGCAGAGGGGGGACACAUGGGGACAGAGACCCCCAAAUCCCUUCGGCUUUUCCCCCUUUUUCCUUCCCUCCAUGGCAGAAUUUAUCCUUAUUUUAUCAAAAUUCAGUAAAUUUUCCUGCUGAGGGGGGACACAUGUGGACAAAAAACCCCGCACCCAUUUGGUUUUUCCCAUUUUUCCUUCCCUCCAUGGCAGAAUUUAUCGUUAUUUUAUCAAAAUUUGGUAAAUUUUCCUGCUGAGGAGGGACACAUGCGGACAAAAACCCCACACCCAUUUGGCUUUUCCCCCCUUUUUUCCCUCCCCAUGGCAGAAUUUAUCUUUAUUUUAUCAAAAUUUGGUAAAUUUUCCUGCUGAGGAGGGACACAUGCAGACAAAAACCCCACACCCAUUUGGCUUUUCCCCUUUUUCCCUCCCCCCGUGGCAGAAUUCAGCCUCAUUUAAUCAAAAUUUGGUAAAUUUUCCUGCUGGGGUGAAGUGAGGGGGGACACACGGGGACAAAGACCCCCCAAUCCUUUUGGCUUUCCCCCUUUUUCCCUCCCUCAGUGGCAAAACCCAGCCUUAUUUUAUCAGAAUUUGGUAAAUUCCUGCUGAGAUGAGGGGGGGACACAUGGCAACAACGCUACCCCUUUGGCUUUUCCACCUUUUUUCCUUCCCCAUGGCAAAAUCCAGCCUUGUUUUAUUAAAGUUUGGUAAAUUUUAUCAUAAUUUGGUAAAUUUUCCUGCUGGGUGAAGUGAGGGGGGAUACAUGAGGACAAAGACCCCCAAAUCCCUUCAGCUUUUCCCCCUUUUUCCUUCCCUCCAUGGCAGAAUUUAUCGUUAUUUUAUCAAAAUUUGGUAAAUUUUCCUGCUGAGGAGGGACACAUGCGGACAAAAACCCCACACCCAUUUGGCUUUUCCCCUUUUUCCCUCCCCCCGUGGCAGAAUUCAGCCUCAUUUAAUCAAAAUUUGGUAAAUUUUCCUGCUGGGGUGAAGUGAGGGGGGACACACGGGGACAAAGACCCCCCAAUCCUUUUGGCUUUCUCCCUUUUUCCCUCCCUCCAUGGCAAAAAUCAGCCUUAUUUUAAUAAAGUUUGGUAAAUUUUAUCAUAAUUUGGUAAAUUUUCCUGCUGGGGUGAAGUGAGGGGGGACACAUGAGGACAAAGACCCCCAAAUCCCUUCAGCUUUUCCCCCUUUUUCCCUCCCUCCAUGGUAAAAUUCAGCCUUGUUUUAAUAAAGUUUGGUAAAUUUUAUCAUAAUUUGGUAAAUUUUCCUGCUGGGGUGAAGUGAGGGGGGAUACAUGAGGACAAAGACCCCCAAAUCCCUUCAGCUUUUCCCCCUUUUUCCCUCCCUCCACGG